GUUGCAAUGUCAACCCACCCCGUUAGUCGUUCAUACUAGCUAGAUCUCUCGUUUCUGUAUCUUAUUGCUUUGGUCGUGAAGCAUCUUUGUCCUAAGCUAGUUAUUUUUUGUUCAUUUAAAAUGCCCUUGUUUGAAGUACUGGGGAGCGGAGGAGAGAAAACAGCUGUGGUUAUUGACUUAGGAGCAGCAUAUACAAAAUGUGGCUUUGCUGGUGAGACUGGGCCCAGAUUUAUCAUCCCUAGUGAGAUCCAGCGCCAUGGACUCCAAAAACCCAUUAAAGUUGUGCAGUACAAUAUAAAUACAGAGGAGCUGUAUGCAAACCUGAAGGAGUUCAUUCACACAUUGUACUUCAGGCACUUACUUGUGAAUCCACGUGAUAGAAGAGUGGUUAUCAUUGAAUCUAUCCUCUGCCCUUCACACUUCAGAGAAAUGCUGUCCAAGGUCUUUUUUAAACACUUUGAGGUUCCAUCAGUCCUGUUCGCUCCCAGUCAUCUAAUGACCAUCAUGGCUUUGGGCGUCAACUCAGCACUCGUGAUGGACUGUGGAUACACAGAAACAUUGGUGCUGCCAGUUUAUGAGGGUAUUCCAAUCCUGUCUGCAUGGGAGGCUUUGCCAUUGGGUGGAAAAGCCAUUCACAAGGAAUUGGAAAUUCUGCUGAAAGAACAGUGCACAGUGGAUACAGACUCAGGCACUGGCCAUAGUUUACCAACUGUCAUUGGCUCCAUUCCAGAGGAGGUUGUGGAGGAUAUCAAAGUUAGGACAUGCUUUGUCAGUGACUUGCAGAGAGGCCUGAAAAUUCAGGAGUCCAAAUUUAACUUGGAUGGACUUGCAGGGAGACCUUCUCCUCCGCCAGAUGCUGAUUAUCCAUUGGAUGGAGAGAAGAUUCUACAUAUAAAGGGGUCAAUAAGAGACUCAGUUGCUGAGAUGUUGUUUGAACAGGACAAUGAGGAAAAGUCCAUCGCUACCUUAGUGCUUGACACUCUGAUUAAGUGCCCCAUUGACACGCGAAAGGUUCUGUCUGAGAACUUGGUGGUAAUUGGUGGCACAGCAAUGCUGCCUGGCUUUCUUCAUCGCCUUCUAGCGGAGAUCCGCUUGCUUGUGGAGAAGGCCAAAUACCGUGAUGCUCUAGCCACCAAGAGCUUCCGCAUCCACAGCCCACCAGCAAAGCCCAACUGCACUGCCUGGCUGGGAGGGGCUAUAUUUGGAGCAUUGCAGGAUAUCUUGGGAAGUCGGUCUGUGUCCAGAGACUAUUACAAUCAGACAGGCCGCAUUCCUGACUGGUGCUGUCUUAGCAGCCCCCCACCUGAGCCAGUUUAUGAUGCUGGAAGAACACCUCCACCACUCAUGAAGAGAGCCUUCUCCACUGAGAAAUGAGCCACAAGUGUCAUCUCUCGUCGGCUUAUUUUUUUUUGGGCAGGGGGCAUAGUGUGUUAUAGCUUCAAAGCCUGUGCAUCUGAGCUAACCUGUUGAGAUUUUGACUCUCUAAAAAAAAUGGUUACAUAUGGUUGUUGUAUUUGUGGUUUUUGUGAGUAGCUUUUACCCAAACUCGAACACCAAUUUAAGAACCACUAGGGGCAAUUACUAUUACAGUAAACCCAGUAACCUCAGAGAGCACACUGAUCACAACAGCAUUUCAUGUAAAUUGACAGAUUAUAUUAAAUUGGCAAAGUGAACAUAACCUAUAUAAACAGUUUGAACAGUUUCUUACUUAGCGUAUACAGCUGCUCCAUGCCUCUACAGUGACACUAAUACAGUAAAUAGUUGGGAAUAAAAAUCUAGGUUUUAUUAUAUAUAUUAUAUAAUUAUAUAACCUAGGUUUUCCAUUGUUUGUGUAUUUUCAGUGCUUUUGUGUUGUUGCAAGUUUUUAAUAAGUUGCUUGCUUAUUUAUGUAUAAAAUUAAAGUCACUAUGAUGAUACCAGAAAA